UGUUAAUUUUGGAGUAACGCGUAAAAGCACCGCUAUAAGAAACGGACACCAUUGUGGUUCCUAGAGAACAAGGACCUAACAUCAUUCACGAACUAGAGGGAGCCAACAUGGCCGAAUGAAGGGCUUGGUUUCGCGGAGCCUCCUCCAGGCCCGCCCACCCAUGAGUCAGAGGAUUUUGCGAGGUCUACUAGAAUGACAGCUCAAACCUGUCCACGUCAACACCAGAGAACCACUAUGGAGAUCGCGUCUCUGGAACCCUCACUGUACACAGUGAAAGCAGUCUUCAUUUUGGAUAACGAUGGCAAUAGACUUCUAUCAAAGUACUACGACAAAGAGCUCUACCCCUCCAUGAAGGAGCAGAAGAACUUUGAAAAGAAUGUUUUCAACAAGACACACAAAGCUGACAAUGAGAUUGCCUUUGUGGAGGGGAUGACGAUCGUGUAUAAGUGCAGCAUUGACCUGUUCUUCUACGUGGUGGGCAGUUCACAGGAGAAUGAGCUCAUGCUCAUGGCUGUACUGAACUGUCUGUUUGAGUCCCUCGGUCAAAUCCUAAGGAAAAAUGUGGAGAGAAGGUGUCUAUUGGACAACAUGGACGGAGUCUUCUUAGUAGUGGACGAAAUUAUCGACGGGGGGGUGAUCUUGGAAAGCGACCCCCAACAGGUCAUCCAGAAGGUCAAUUACAGGGCGGAUGAGAACCCACUGUCAGAGCAGAGCGUGGCUCAGCACAUUACGGACAAAUUGGCUAUGACCUCCAAUAUAAUGCAGUCUGCCAAAGAACAAAUAAAGUGGUCAAUACUCAAAUGAUCUACACCGCCUGUCCAAAGGUCAAAUGUCUUACAUUCGUACUGUUGAUUCCACUGUAUGUGUAAAUAUUAAAGGUGUAUUUAGCGCUUUAUGCUUAAAUAGGCUAUAUUUAUGGUGACUAGUGGCAAGUAUGGGCAUUUUUCAUAUGAAGGCAAGCUGACAUUUUGUAUGUAUUAUUUUGGAAAUUAUCUAAUUAAUUUAUUUGAUUUGCAAUAAAUUGCAAGAUAUUAUGCUAGAUUAUAGCAUAUGAUUUUGUUAAUUUCCCUUAACCCACCAAAAUACUCUAAAGCAAUGUUUUAACCAAACCAAGAAAUCAACUGCAUUUUGUUGUAAUGUGUGCAGACCUACACAACUAGGGAAACUGUUGCUUGGGCUUCAAUAAUUAUGAAGUUAUGUUACAGAGAACUUGAAAUAUGAAGUUGUGUUAUACUACACUUUUAAAGCUUUGUAAGUUGAACAGAAAAAGGCAAUAGCCUGUGUAGUGUUACAGUAGUCCUGUAUCUAGUUGAAAGUCAGGUUACCCCAUGUUAAUUUAUGUUUUAGAAUUAUUUUGUGUUCAUACUAAAACGAAGUUGGAGUAGGUGGGUAGGCCUAUGUUUUUUCUAAAGCACUGAGAACACCAUUAGGACUAUAAGAAUAACAUAUUUUGUUACUAGUCUAUGAUGGACAAAUACACUUUUAAUAUUUCAAUUUUUAACGCCAACGAAGAAGAGGCUAAUCAUUUUUCGCUUUGUUGAUUUCUAUUGACAGCUUCUUUUUUUCAAAUGUAAUCUGUCUGUUGUCAAGCUAAUUAAAAUGUAUAUUUUGUGUUGUCAAAA